CAUUUGUCCCCCUGGCAGUACUUCCUACAUUUCCCAUGAACACUGUGCCGUAAUGCUACGUGAUGACGUUUCAUACACCCAUUGGCUGUGCGCAUACCGGUAUUUCAAGCUACAGUCUGCAGUGCAACCAGCGUGAGAAACGAGCGGAGCGAGAGCAGGGAGUUUGCUAAACACAGUGGGGCUAAAGUUGAAGCUAAAGUAAAGUUAAACUAAAUGCGGCGGUGGUUGGAACAGACUUCUGUGAGCGAGAAGAGGAAGGAGGCAGGGGAUGAGAAUAUCGGCGACAGAGCGUGCAAAAUGAAAAAAGAAAGCUUAACGCCAAAUGGAUGACAGGUCGUGAAUGGCUUGUGUUUGAUCACGAAAGUAACGUCAUGUUUUGUCAGGAUUGCCACAUGUACGCGAAAGAAAAAAACAAAACAACAAUGUAGUGGUGGGUACUAAUAAUUUUAAAGUCGAGGCAGUAAAGGACAAUGAGAGUGCCCGAAGUCAUCAGGAGAGCCAAAGGAUUAAAACCGCCAAGACAGAUCGUAUCAAAGAGAGCCUUGCUGGGAGAAGCCUCGCUUUAAUGAAGACAUCUGAGUUGGAGAAGAUGCAGCUACUUUUUCGAAAUGCCCACGCCAUUGGAAAAAGGGCAUGCCUUUCACCGACUUCGCAUGGAUGUUCCCAGGAGGCCACGAACAUCAAUGCUGUUCUGAGGGCAAAGGCCAAGGGGUUCCUCAACAUAGCCAAGGAUGGUGGAGUGCUCAGAUUUUGCUGCCUUCUCCAUGACACCAUCUAUCAACUGAGCAACCUCUCCAAGUCACUGCAGAGGUCAGUGUCAAUCCUGGCUGAAGCUCAGAGCUGCCUGUCCUCCACUCAGGCUGUCAUAGAAAAGUACAAGUUAAGACCUGGGCCAAAGCUGAGAGCAGUGCUGGACACAGACACCUAUGAGGGAGUCCUCCUGAAGCCUACUAAUGCUGACCAGCAUGACAAGGCAAAGAACGAGCUAAUCAAUUCUCUGUGCCGGUGCAUCACUGCUGGAUUUGGUGAUGUGAACAGUGGUGUCCUGCAGGCUAUGCGGCUGACCAGUUUCCAGUGCUGGCAAGAGGCAGACACGAGUUCAGAUUUUGGUGAUGAAGAGGUAAACAAACUCAUCAGUCACUUCCGACCUCUUCUGCUGUCUGCUGGAGUGGAUGUGGAGUUGAUCCCUGAGCAAUGGACAAUUCUCAAGACUGAACUGUACACAGCAGGAUUCAGCCAAGGAACCUUUGAGAAGACCUGGCCUACUGUGAACAGAAUGCUGCGACAUUGGUGUCCUGACGUCCUUGAUCUUUUUGAUGCUCUCCUCACCAUCACUGCAACUACAGCUGACUGUAAAAGAGGGUUCAGUGUUAUGAAGCAGGUAAAGAGUGACUGGCGCUCACGCCUGAAAGGUGAGACCCUCUCUGACCUCCUUAAAACCCAGUUGUGCUCACCUGACAUCAAAGACUUCGAUCCAAGCAAAGCCAUUGACAUCUGGCAUGCUGACAGUUUGCGCUCACACAGGCCUCAGUUUGUGCGCAAACACCGAACAAAAGGAACUGAGGGUGGCUCAGAUUCAGAUGGGAGCUCUAAAGAAAUGAGUUCAGAGUGCUCUGAAGACAUUUGAUUCAGAAAUGAAAUGUUUGCACUUUCUGUGUAUAUUUUGUUGUAUGUAUUGUACUUUCUGUCCGUUUUUCAUGCCAACAAUGUUAAUAAAAUGAUCAAAUGCAUUCAGUGGCACUCAUAAUCUGAAAAUAAAAAAAUUGGCUAGUGGAAAAUCUGAUUGAAGCCACAUUGGCUGGUGAUCAAAAAGUUAAUUUAGAACCCUGGUUAAGGGAUCAUAAGUAUUUGGACAAACUAACAUAAUCAUCAAUUAUUAUUAUUAAGUUUUGAACCCAUAAAUAUCACCAGAUGCUGGGUUUCUUCCCUGGUGAUGCUCUGGUAGACCUUUACUGCAGUUGUCUGCACUUCCUGUUUGUUCUUGAGGUGUUUUGCCUUCAGUUUAGCCUUCAGCAAGCGAAAUGCAUGCUCACUUGGAUUCAGGUCAGAUGAUAUGACUUGGCCGUUGCAGAACAUUCCACUUCUUUGCCUUAAAAAUGUCUUUGGUUGCUUUUGCAGUAUGCUUCAGCUCAUUGUCCAUCUGCACUGUGAAGCAUUGUCCAAUGAGCAGAUAAUGUAGCCCUAAACACUUUAGCUUUCAUCCUGCUGCUUUUGUCAACAGUCACAUCAUCAAUAAAUAAAAGAGAGAACCAGUUCCACUGGGCAUAACACUACCUCCACCAUGCUUCACUGAUAAGGUGGUGAGCUUCAGAUCAUGAGCAGUGUGCUUUGGAUCAUGAGCAGUUCCUUCCGUUCUUCCUUCUCUUCUCUUCCUAUCAUUCUGGUAGUUGAUCUUUGUCUUAUCUGUCCAUAGUAUGCUGUUCCACAACUGUAUAAGCUUUUUAAAUGGUUUUUGACAAACUCUAAUCUGGCCUUCCAUUUUUUAAGGCUUACCAAUGGUUUACACUUUGUGAUAAACCCUCUGUAUGUAUUCUAGUGAAGUCUUCUCUUGCUGACAAAAGCAGCAGGAUGAAAGCUCAAGUGUUUUGGGCUAUAUUAUCUGCUCAGAUUCAACCACAUGCUUCAAAACUCAUUGGACAAUGCUUCAUUGAAUGGCUGUAAAAAAACUGCAUUGUUUGCAAAGUCGUUGUCAAAGUCCCCCAGUUGGGGGAUUUUUGGGUUUAACUUUAACCAACAAUUUGGGCAGCCCAAUAGAAGAUGAGUGUUUAUUCUUUGUCAAAAUUCUUUGUCAAAAUACGGUAAAAUCACGUGUUUAACAGGGAAUUAUUCAAAAUUCUCCUGUACCCAUGGGAAUUUUUUUUUUGCCCACUUCAGGGCUAAAGCCCCAGAUGUUUUCAACUCCUAGCGAUGCCCCUGUUUGAUGUUAUCUUGGAUUUCUACAGCUGAUGUUGUCAAUUUCAACGUCAUGUUAAUUUAGCCUCGUUAACAUGGUUGAGGUGAAAAUGACUUGGUAUAUUCACACUUAUUAUUGGGUAAAGGAAAGACAAACUCUCCUGACUCCUGUCCGCUGCCACAGCUUGACAUAAUUUAAAUUUAAGUGCAUUUCCACGCAAAAUUUUUCUCAAUAAAUCCCAAUUUAUGCUCAGAAAGUGGCAUACACACAUCUCAAGCCCCUCGUGGAGGUGGGCGUAGUCGGGGUUCAGCUGCAGGAGAGAGAGGUGUGGAGAUGUCUCAGGAGAGCAAUGCCAGGUGAAUUGAUUUGCACAGCUGGCGCUUGUUAACUAAUUGUACUCUCCCUUUCAAAAGCAGUCGCGUGCUGGGCCUCAGAUGAUGGCUGAACACCACAGAGACAGACAGGCUGGCUGUCAGGAUUGUUUGUCAAGGGCCGAAACCAUUAUUUGGUGAGACUUAGGGACUCCAGGGUCUCAACCACAUGCGCCAGAAGAAGCUGGACAACAGCAGGCGCAUGGUAGCUUUAUGUUUAGUGUUUAAAUUGAAGUGUGUGCAUGCAGAAUAAAAGGAGGUCUCUGUAACUGA